CUCUGAUCUGUUCCCCUCCACUUACUUACCUUUCUUCCCCGGUGUUCCGCUCUUUCUUUCAUUCUCCUCCUCCGCCUACCCUUUUCUCACCUCGCAAUUGACCGCUCGUCCUGCUUCGCUUGAUCUCUGGUUGAUGUCCCGGUGACAAUUGACCAUCCCACCAUCCCGCGGUUCUACACGUACAGCAUCUGGUUGACUGUUGGAGAGCGAGCGCCCUUGCUUUUGUUAGCUGCAGUCUAUCGUUCCCAUAUCGCGGACAGUCAUCAACCCAUACGUCUACGUUCUUUUCGCGAUCGUUCGUCUUGAAUUUGUAUCGAAAGCUUUCGCCGCACCGCAACCCCCUCCCACGUCACCUCGAUCCUCGUGAAUAAUGCUGCUUCCGCGGCUUUCGUCCCUCCUGUGCCUGGCUGGCUUGGCCAGCGUGCCUGUCGCCAGCGCCUAUGAUGGCGAUGACAUCAAGAGCAUUCCUCUUCGCACUCACAGUCUUCAACCGCCAUACUUGGAUUCCGACUUCCAAAGCCGCUGGUUCGAUUUUGGUGGUGACACGAUAAUCCGUGCCGACCAAUACAUCCGUCUUACGUCCGAUCGGCCAUCGCAGCAGGGAUGGAUCUUCUCGCGCGUCCCUCUUACCGCGACGAACUGGGAGAUCGAGGUCGAGUUCAAGAUCGAGGGCUCGGGCAACUUGCAUGGCGAUGGCUUCGCCAUGUGGCUCACCAAGCAGCGCGCCACCCAGGGCCCCGUCUUCGGGUCCACGGAUAACUUCGACGGUCUGGGUAUCUUCUUCGACACCUACAAGAACAACCGCCCCGGUACUUCCUUCCCCUACGUCAUGGCCAUGAUGGGCGACGGCCAGACUACCUACGACCAGGCCCACGAUGGAAAGGCUAAUGAGUUGGCCGGAUGCUCGGCUCGCGGUCUGCGAAGCGCCUCGGUCCCCACCAAGGCCCGUCUGACCUACUUCCAGGACAAGUCUCUCACUCUGGACCUGCAGUACAAGUCCGAGGAAAGCUGGAUCAACUGCUUCGAACUCACUGCUCCGGAAACCAACAUCGCCAUUCCCUCCGUCGCCUACCUCGGCUUCUCCGCCGAGACCGGUGAACUGAGCGACAGCCACGACAUCAUCUCCGUCAAGGCCCAGAACCUCUACGGCACUGGAGGCAGCAACGGCGGUAGCGGCAAGGGACGCCCCAAGGAUUCGAGCCGCGUCAAGCGCCGCAAGCAGAAGGGCGGCAGCUGGGGUUGGUUCCUGUUCAAGGCCGUGCUUCUUAUUGCUGUCUUUGCCGCUGCUUACAUUGGUUGGACCGCCUACCGGACCAAGACCCGGUACUCGCGCUUCUAGUCGCUGUCGGUCGGGGUAAAGUGAAUCAGAAAUCACAAAUCAGAAAUCAAGAAAAAAACAAGAGUUUAUUAUUCUUCUCUCCGCAUUUUGCAUAGCCGUGUCCGUGUCCGUGUCUGUGUUUUUUUUUUUUUUUUUUUUUU